GUGAGGGCCGAACCAGGAAGGUGGAGUAGAACAGGGAGGAACUGUCUCCUCAGCAUCGCCCCCUUCAGGAUGGAACAGCGGAGGCCCUGGCCCUGGGCUGACAGCUGGUCUGUGGUUUUACUUUCCCUGGUCUGGGUACUGCUGACUCCCUCAGCUGCUGGCAUGCCACAGUUCAGUACUUUCCAUUCUGAGAACCGUGACUGGACCUUCAACCACUUGACUGUCCACCGAGGGACAGGGGCUGUGUAUGUGGGGGCCAUCAACCGAGUCUACAAGCUGACGGGCAACCUGACCAUCCAGGUGGCUCACAAGACAGGGCCGGAAGAGGACAACAAAUCGUGCUACCCACCUCUCAUCGUGCAGCCCUGCAGCGAGGUGCUCACCCUGACCAACAACGUCAACAAGCUUCUCAUCAUUGAUUACUCUGAGAACCGCCUGCUGGCUUGCGGCAGCCUCUACCAGGGGGUCUGCAAGCUGCUGCGGCUGGACGACCUCUUCAUCCUGGUGGAGCCAUCCCAUAAAAAGGAGCAUUACCUGUCCAGCGUCAACAAGACGGGCACCAUGUAUGGCGUGAUCGUGCGCUCUGAGGGCGAGGAUGGCAAACUCUUCAUUGGCACCGCGGUGGAUGGCAAGCAGGAUUACUUCCCCACCCUGUCCAGCCGGAAGCUGCCCCGGGACCCCGAGUCCUCGGCCAUGCUUGACUACGAGCUCCACAGUGAUUUUGUCUCUUCCCUGAUCAAGAUCCCCUCUGACACCCUGGCCUUAGUCUCCCACUUUGACAUCUUCUACAUCUAUGGCUUUGCCAGUGGGGGCUUUGUCUAUUUCCUCACUGUCCAACCCGAGACCCCUGAGGGCGUGGCCAUCAACUCGGCUGGAGACCUCUUCUACACCUCACGUAUCGUGCGUCUCUGCAAGGAUGACCCUAAGUUUCACUCCUAUGUGUCCCUGCCCUUUGGAUGUACCCGCGCUGGGGUGGAAUACCGCCUGCUACAGGCCGCUUACCUGGCCAAGCCUGGGGCCGCCCUAGCCCAGGCCUUCAAUAUUAGCAGCCAGGAUGACGUGCUCUUUGCCAUCUUCUCCAAAGGGCAGAAGCAGUACCACCAUCCUCCCGACGACUCUGCGCUCUGUGCCUUCCCCAUCCGGGCCGUCAACUUGCAGAUCAAGGAACGCCUGCAGUCCUGCUACCAGGGGGAGGGAAAUCUGGAACUCAACUGGCUGCUGGGGAAAGAUGUCCAGUGCACCAAGGCGCCGGUGCCCAUUGAUGAUAACUUCUGUGGCUUGGACAUCAACCAGCCUCUUGGAGGCUCGACCCCAGUGGAGGGACUGACACUGUACACUACCAGCAAAGACAGAAUGACCUCAGUGGCCUCCUAUGUUUACAAUGGCUACAGCGUGGUUUUUGUGGGGACUAAGAGCGGCAAGCUGAAAAAGAUUCGAGCUGACGGUCCCCCCCAUGGUGGGGUCCAGUACGAGAUGGUUUCCGUGCUCAAAGAUGGGAGCCCCAUCCUCCGGGACAUGGCCUUUUCCAUUGAUCAACGCUACCUGUAUGUCAUGUCUGAGAGACAGGUCACCAGAGUCCCCGUGGAGUCAUGUGAACAGUAUACAACUUGUGGGGAAUGCCUGAGUUCGGGGGACCCUCACUGUGGCUGGUGUGCCCUGCACAAUAUGUGCUCCCGCAGAGACAAAUGCCAAAGGGCCUGGGAACCAAAUCGAUUUGCUGCCAGCAUCAGCCAAUGCCUGAGCGUCGCGGUGCAACCUGGCAGUAUCUCGGUGUCAGAGCACAGCCAGUUGCUCAGCCUGGUUGUGAGCGAUGCUCCUGAUUUGUCUGCGGGCAUCUCUUGUGCCUUUGGGAACCUGACAGAAGUAGAGGGAAAAGUAUCUGGAAGCCAGGUCCUCUGUGUGUCACCUGGGCCCAGAGACGUCCCUACCAUCCCUCUGGACCAAGACUGGUUUGGCCUAGAGCUGCAGCUGAGGUCCAAAGAAACAGGGAAGAUAUUUGUCAGUACUGAGUUCAAGUUUUAUAACUGCAGUGCCCACCAACUGUGCCUGUCCUGUGUCAACAGCGCCUUCCGCUGCCAUUGGUGCAAGUAUCGCAAUCUCUGCACCCACGACCCUACCACCUGCUCCUUCCAAGAGGGCCGCAUCAACAUUUCCGAGGACUGUCCCCAGCUGGUGCCCACGGAGGAGAUCCUGAUUCCAGUCGGAGAGGUGAAGCCCAUCACCCUGAAGGCUCGAAACCUGCCUCAGCCCCAGUCUGGCCAACGUGGCUACGAGUGCGUGCUCAACAUCCAGGGGGCCAUCCAUCGGGUCCCUGCCCUGCGCUUCAACAGCUCUAGCGUCCAGUGCCAGAACAGCUCGUACCAGUAUGACGGCAUGGAUAUCAGCAACCUGGCUGUGGAUUUCGCUGUGGUGUGGAAUGGCAAUUUCAUCAUUGACAACCCCCAGGACCUGAAAGUGCACCUCUACAAGUGUGCGGCCCAGCGGGAGAGCUGCGGCCUCUGUCUCAAGGCUGACCGCAAGUUCGAGUGUGGCUGGUGCAGUGGCGAGCGCAGAUGCACCCUCCACCAGCACUGUACCAGCCCCUCCAGCCCCUGGCUUGACUGGUCCAGUCACAACGUCAAGUGUUCCAACCCCCAAAUCACAGAGAUCUUGACAGUGUCUGGACCACCUGAGGGAGGAACCCGAGUGACCAUCCAUGGUGUGAACCUGGGCUUGGACUUCUCCGAGAUCGCUCACCACGUGCAGGUGGCCGGGGUGCCCUGCACGCCCCUCCCGGGGGAAUACAUCAUCGCUGAGCAGAUCGUCUGCGAGAUGGGCCACGCCCUCAUAGGAACCACCUCUGGGCCCGUGCGCCUGUGCAUAGGGGAGUGUAAGCCAGAGUUCAUGACCAAGUCCCACCAGCAGUACACCUUCGUGAACCCUUCUGUGCUGUCACUCAACCCCAUCCGAGGACCAGAGUCAGGAGGUACCAUGGUUACCAUUACAGGCCAUUACCUUGGUGCUGGGAGCAGUGUGGCUGUCUACCUGGGCAACCAGACCUGCGAGUUCUAUGGGAGAUCAAUGAAUGAGAUCGUGUGUGUGUCACCUCCAUCAUCCAACGGCCUGGGCGCAGUGCCUGUGUCUGUGAGUGUUGACAGAGCGCGUGUGGAUAACAGCCUGCAGUUUGAGUACAUAGAUGACCCCCGGGUGCAGCGCAUUGAGCCAGAGUGGAGCAUCACCAGUGGCCACACACCACUGACCAUCACAGGCUUCAACCUGGAUGUCAUUCAGGAGCCAAGGAUCCGAGUCAAGUUUAAUGGCAAAGAAUCUGUCAAUGUAUGUAAAGUGGUGAACACAACCACCCUGACCUGCCUGGCACCCUCUCUCACCACGGAAUACCGCCCAGGCCUGGACACCGUGGAGAGGCCAGAUGAAUUUGGGUUUCUCUUUAACAACGUCCAGUCCUUGCUUGUUUACAAUGACACCAAGUUUAUCUACUACCCCAACCCAACAUUUGAACUGCUCAGCCCUACUGGAGUCUUGGAUCAGAAGCCGGGAUCACCCAUCAUCCUAAAGGGCAAAAACCUCUGUCCUCCAGCCUCUGGAGGGGCCAAACUCAACUACACGGUGCUGAUUGGAGAAACCCCUUGUGCCGUCACCGUGUCUGAGACGCAGCUCCUGUGCGAACCUCCCAACCUCACGGGGCAGCACAAGGUCAUGGUGCACGUCGGUGGGAUGGUGUUCUCGCCUGGCUCGGUGAGUGUCAUCUCAGACAGCUUGCUGACGCUGCCCGCCAUCGUCAGCAUCGCGGCGGGCGGCAGCCUGCUCCUCAUCAUCGUCAUCAUCGUCCUCAUCGCCUACAAGCGCAAGUCUCGGGAAAAUGACCUCACGCUCAAGCGACUCCAGAUGCAGAUGGACAACUUGGAGUCGCGCGUGGCCCUGGAGUGUAAGGAAGCUUUCGCCGAGCUCCAGACGGACAUCAACGAGCUAACCAGUGACCUGGACCGCUCAGGAAUCCCCUACCUAGACUAUCGUACCUAUGCUAUGCGAGUCCUGUUUCCAGGCAUCGAGGAUCAUCCUGUCCUGCGUGAGCUGGAGGUGCAGGGCAAUGGGCAGCAGCACGUGGAGAAAGCCCUGAAGCUCUUCGCCCAGCUCAUCAACAACAAGGUGUUCCUGCUGACCUUCAUCCGCACACUGGAGCUGCAGCGCAGCUUCUCCAUGCGUGACCGGGGCAACGUGGCGUCGCUCAUCAUGACCGGGCUGCAGGGCCGCCUGGAGUAUGCCACCGACGUGCUCAAGCAGCUGCUGUCUGACCUCAUCGACAAGAACCUGGAGAACAAGAACCACCCCAAGCUGCUGCUCCGGAGGACUGAAUCCGUGGCUGAGAAGAUGCUAACCAACUGGUUUGCUUUCCUCCUGCACAAGUUCCUGAAGGAAUGUGCAGGGGAGCCGCUCUUCAUGCUGUACUGCGCCAUUAAGCAGCAGAUGGAGAAGGGCCCCAUCGACGCCAUCACCGGUGAGGCCCGCUACUCCCUGAGCGAGGACAAGCUCAUCCGGCAGCAGAUCGAGUACAAGACCCUGAUCCUGAACUGUGUGAACCCAGACAAUGAGAACAGCCCAGAAAUCCCAGUGAAGGUGUUAAACUGUGACACCAUCACGCAAGUCAAGGAGAAGAUCCUCGAUGCUGUGUAUAAGAAUGUGCCCUACUCGCAGAGGCCCAGGGCUGUUGACAUGGACUUGGAGUGGCGCCAAGGCCGGAUCGCCCGGGUCGUGCUACAAGACGAAGACAUCACCACCAAGAUCGAAGGUGACUGGAAGCGGCUCAACACACUGAUGCAUUAUCAGGUAUCAGACAGGUCGGUGGUGGCUCUGGUCCCCAAGCAGACCUCCUCAUACAACAUCCCUGCUUCAGCCAGCAUCUCACGGACAUCUAUCAGCAGAUACGACUCCUCCUUCAGGUACACGGGCAGCCCUGACAGUCUGAGGUCCCGGGCUCCUAUGAUCACCCCAGACCUGGAGAGUGGGGUCAAAGUAUGGCAUCUGGUGAAGAACCAUGACCACGGUGACCAGAAGGAGGGCGACCGGGGCAGCAAGAUGGUGUCUGAGAUCUACCUGACCCGGCUACUGGCCACCAAGGGCACUCUGCAGAAGUUCGUGGAUGACUUGUUUGAGACCUUGUUCAGCACCGUGCACCGAGGCAGUGCUCUCCCCCUGGCCAUCAAAUACAUGUUUGAUUUCCUGGAUGAGCAGGCAGACAGGCACAGCAUCCACGACACAGAUGUGCGGCACACCUGGAAAAGCAACUGCCUCCCUCUGCGCUUCUGGGUGAAUGUCAUCAAGAACCCUCAGUUUGUAUUUGACAUUCACAAGGGUAGCAUCACGGACGCCUGCCUCUCCGUGGUGGCCCAGACCUUCAUGGAUUCCUGCUCCACGUCGGAGCAUCGGCUGGGCAAAGACUCCCCCUCCAACAAGCUGCUCUAUGCCAAGGACAUCCCUAGCUACAAGAGUUGGGUGGAGAGAUACUAUGCAGACAUCGCCAAGCUCCCAGCCAUCAGUGACCAGGACAUGAACGCCUACCUCGCUGAGCAGUCCCGCCUGCACGCCGUGGAGUUCAACAUGCUGAGUGCCCUCAAUGAGAUUUACUCCUAUGUCAGCAAGUAUAGUGAGGAGCUGAUUGGGGCACUAGAGCAGGAUGAACAAGCUCGGAGGCAGCGGCUGGCGUACAAGGUAGAGCAGCUCAUCGAUGCUAUGUCCAUUGAGAGCUGAGAGGAGGACUUCAAGUUCCUGGGAGGAGGGACCUGUCCACGCUGUCACACUGACGUCUCGGAAGGAAGGAAGGACCCGUGGAAGGGGGCAAGGCCCCAGAGCUUGCUGUCCCCUGAGACCACCCUCCCCACCCUGGAGAGGCGAUGCCAGCCAGCUUCCCGCGUCGCCAGUUCCUGCCAGGAGGGACCCAGGGUGUCACCCAUCCACAGAGAGGACCAGGGACCCCAGGCGGGCGAGGAGAUGGUGGCUCUUCAAGCUGAGAGGCUCAAGCCUCUGUGACUGCUGCUUGCAUGAAAACUCAUUCGAUGUAUAUUGGGGGAAAUACUGAGAACUUUAUUUAAUUUUUUUUAAG